AUAUAUACAUACAUAUUCUCUGCACUCUUUAUUAGUUCGUUUCACUAAAAAAAAAAUUGAGUUACAUUUGAAUAAUAAAUUAUUUUUAAAAUUUAUAAUUAUUGAGUACUUAUUUGUGCAUAAUUAAUUAAAUCAUUUAUAUAUAUAUAUAAUAAUAAUUGACACGUGAAAAUAUAUAACCGACCAUUCACAAAUACCCGGUCACUUAUGAAGGACAUUCAGUCAAAAAUGGAGACAAUGGAAGUUGCUGAGCCUAUAACGGCAAUAAAAGUAGAGGAGAACAACACGGAGAACAACGACAAAGAAUCAGCGGCAACGAACAAGAAGGUGCCAGUGGACGAGAUGACUUCACGUGACUACUACUUCGACUCGUACGCUCACUAUGGCAUCCAUGAGGAGAUGCUGAAGGACGAAGUGCGAACGAUAACCUAUCGUAACUCAAUGUAUCAUAAUAAGCAUUUAUUUAAAGAUAAAAUCGUGUUGGACAUUGGCUGCGGCACGGGAAUUUUGUCAAUGUUUGCAGCAAAAGCCGGCGCAGCUCGAGUAAUUGGUAUUGAGUGCUCCAAUAUCGUCGAGUACGCGGAAAAAAUAGUUGAAGCCAAUCAACUGUCUCACAUAAUCACUAUUGUUAAGGGAAAAGUCGAAGAAGUCGUAUUGCCAGACGGUAUUGAAAAAGUCGACAUUAUUAUUUCCGAAUGGAUGGGCUAUUGUCUUUUCUACGAGUCGAUGUUGGACACGGUGCUCCAUGCGCGUGACAAAUGGCUCAAACCCGACGGUAUGCUUUUCCCCGAUAAAGCAACUCUAUUUAUUUGCGGUAUCGAGGAUCGUCAAUACAAAGACGAGAAAAUAAACUGGUGGGACGACGUCUACGGCUUUGACAUGAGCAGUAUUCGUAAGGUCGCAAUAAGUGAACCCCUCGUUGAUGUCGUGGACCCUAAGCAAGUUGUCACGAACGCAUGUCUCAUCAAGGAGGUUGAUCUCUACACGGUAACAAAAGCGGAUCUUGAUUUCUCAUCUCCGUUUACUCUUCAAGUACGACGCAACGACUACGUUCAAGCUCUAGUCACAUUCUUCAACAUUGAAUUCACCAAGUGCCACAAACGUGUUGGGUUCAGCACAGCGCCGGAAGUUCAGUACACCCAUUGGAAGCAGACGGUAUUCUACUUUGACUCCUACAUGACGGUAAAACGCGGUGAGGAAAUUUACGGUGUAUUCUCGAUGAAACCAAACGCUAGGAAUUAUCGUGAUCUAGAUUUUAGUAUUGAGUUAGAUUUCAAAGGAGAGUUGUGCCAAAUUAACGAAACGAAUCAUUAUCGUAUGCGUUGAUUUAACAAUUACUCUUCUUACGUGUCCUUAUUCGCUCUGUAAUCUUGCCGAUGAGUCAUAACACCUUUGCUUGGAAUUGAUAGUGAGGAAGAGUAAAAUAAAAUAAAAACAACAACAACAACAACAAAUAAGUAAUAAAUUGUAACGGAACGAAGGCAAGCGAAAGUGAUACACAAUAAAUGUAUUCUGUUUAUAAUCACUUGAUAACUUUAAAUAUUUCUUCCUCUAUAGUUGUAUAUGCAAUAACUUAAUUAUUUUUUUUUAUUCCCUGAAUAACGAUUAUCAUCUUUUGUUUUGAGUUUUUUUUUAUAUCAAUGUCAAUUCAUCUAAGUAAAUAUUUUAUAUCACAAAAUUGUAUGAGUAGAUAUUAAUUAAUAUGUAACAAAAAAAAAAGAAAAAUCAAUUGUGUUUGAGGGCCAGUUUUUCAAACCGGGUGAUUUUUAAUCCGGAUUUAAAUUAUCAUUGCUGGUAAAUCUAUAUAUUGCUAAUGUAUAGAUUUACUAGCAAUAUUAAUUUAAGCCCGGAUAAAAAUAAACCCGAUUUGAAAAACUGGCCCUAAGAUUAUCAGUCUAGUAAGCGAGUUAGAUUAAGAAGCAAAAAAAACAAAUAAUAAUUAAAUGGUACUUGUACUUUCUUUUGCCGUCACUCAGAUUAUUUUUUUCAUCACGGCACGAAAUAUCAAAAAGAUUCCACUCACUAGAGAAUAAUAAAAUAAUUAUUUCUUUUUUUUCUCCGACUUAUCAUCGACGAAAAUAAAAAAAACUCAAUAAGUCUGAAGUAUGAACGUCAAAUUAAAAAAAAAAAAAUAAACAAAUAAAUAAAAGUAAUUAGAUUCUGUCUGUGUAAUGAUGAUGACGCGAUUAUUAACUAAAAUUGUAUGUUAUAAAAUUAUUGCUUUUAUACCAGUAAUUGUGAAUUAUAAAUUGUAAGAAUUAUAAAAGUCAAUAAGUUUGCUACGACA